AGUAAAUAACGGCGGUUUUGCAACCACGUUCUUAUUGAACAUCUUUUUAAUGAGUGAACGAGAUAAUUUCUGAGUGAUAUUUUUAGGACGAGCAUUAAAAGUUGUCUUAAAUUUGUUUUUUAUAUAUUUUUAGGAAACGUUUGGUUGCUAGCUUUAUGGAAUUAUUUAAUUGUCAACAAAACGCUGCUUAAGUUCAGAAAGCUUCUACUUGAAAAAAAAAAAUUAAAAUAACAAUUAAUUUUCAUAAUUUUUGAAUAUUUGUUUGUUUAAAAAAAUGAAGAGUUAUUUAUCUUAGUUUGUGGAAAUGUGAAUAAAUAUCAGAAUUAUUUAAAAAUUGAAAUUAUGAAAAAUUUCAAUACAAGUAAAGUAAUAAACAAGUAUAGUGUAUGCACUACAAUUGAUACAUUUUCAAGAGCAAAUUAAUUAAUUGACAUAUUAUAACUGAUUUUUUUGAUAUUAUCUAAGAAUUCACUGUUACUUUUAUUGAUCAUUUACUAUUGCGGAAUAAUAUGAAAUUAUUUAAGGAAUGGCAUAUUUUUUGUGAUAUUUACCUUUUACGGCAUUGAAAAAUUGCCUGUUAAUUUUUUAAUAAUGGCAGAGUUUGUACGAGGAGGACCAAGUAUGUCCAAUAAUACAAAGACUGAAUGUAGCAAAAAAAAUGAUUCCCCAAGCACUGAAAAUGAGGAUACAGCAGCUUUUAUUGAACAGUCAAACAUUGACCCAGAUUUUGAUAUAUUCCUUGAAGAUAUACCAGACGAUUUACAUGACGUAGAAGACAUCGAUCCAGUAAAUAGUACCAUAUUCACUGCACCACCAGAGAAUCAGUGGUACCAUGGAAGGUUAGACAGAUUUACUGCUGAAGAACGACUAUGGGAUGCAGAUAAAAUGGGUAGUUAUUUAGUGAGAGAAAGUGACAGAAAACCUGGAAGUUAUGUACUAUCUUACUUAGGAAGAACCGGCAUUAAUCAUUUUCGUAUCACAGCUGUUUGUGGAGAUUAUUACAUAGGUGGUCGCCAAUUUAAUAGCCUUAUGGAUUUAAUUGCUUAUUACACGCAUUGCUCUGACUUAUUGAAGAAAGAACGUCUUAUACAUCCUAUUCCACCUCCAGAACCAGUAAAUGAUAAAAAAAGAAUAGUAGCUAUAUUACCUUAUACAAAAAUGCCGGAUACUGAUGAGUUAAGCUUUCAGAAGGGAGACAUAUUUUUUGUGCAUAAUGACAUGGGUGACGGUUGGCUUUGGGUAACUGCACAUAGAACUGGAGAACAAGGUCUAAUUUUUAGAGAAUUAGUUGAAGAUUUAGAUGAUUCUAUAGACCCUAACACCGUAUUUUCUUGGUUUCAUCCAAAUGUUACUAAAAGUGAAGCUGUGGAUAUGCUCGUAAAAGCUGGACCUGGAAGUUUUUUGGUGAGGCCGUCAGACAAUAGUCCUGGAGAUUACUCUUUAUUUUUCCACAUCAAUAAUCAGAUUCAGAGAUUUCGAAUAGAAAAAAAAGGAGUUCGGUAUCUGAUGGGUGGAAGGACAUUUGAAUGUCUAGAUGCUGUAAUUAAUAGAUAUCGGAAAGAGCAAAUAGUAGAAGGCCACACAUUAGUACAAGCAAUGAUUACAGAACCUGAUGGAACUGUCAAGGUGAAAAAAGAGAUACAACAUGCUGAAAAAAUAUAUGCUACAUUGAGAGAGUGUCGAGAGCAAUCAGGAGUUAAAAAAAAUAAGGGAAUAAAAAUGCAAGGGUAUUUGGAAAAAAAAUCAGAAAAAAACAAAAAAUGGAAAGUAUUAUACUUUGUUCUGCUUGUUGAUGCAAGUGAUACGCAUUUAUAUUUAUAUGAUAAUCCUAAAAGAACGAAACCUAAAGGUCUUAUUGAUUUAAGCUGUGCAUAUUUAUACCAGGUUCAUGAAAGUGUUUUUGAUAGACCUCACUGCUUCCAAUUAGUGGAAAGAGCUCUUCCAUGUUUAUCUACGAUAACAUACUUAGCCGCUCCAAAUGCUGAAAUAUCUUUGGAUUGGAUUAAUACAUUAAAACCGCUUUGUGUAUCUCAACUUGCACGAGCACCAAAAGUAGCACGGCUUAGAGAAUUACGUUCGCUCAGUUUACAUAUUCUGGAUGCCCAUAGAUUACCUUAUAAAUUAGUUCCAAGUCCAUUUAUAAUAGUAUCAUUAGAUAAUGUGAAAGUGGCUCGUACGAAAUUAAAAACCGGUCCUCAUCCAGUUUGGGAUGAAGAAUUUUUAUUGGAAGACGUACCGCCUGAUGUCAUGACAUUUUCAUUGGUUCUCUAUAAUAAAGGCAAACGUAGUAAAGAUACAGAAGUGGCCGAGUUAACGGUAGACUUAUCGGCUUUAUCUAAUGGCGAAGAAAUGGACGAAUGGUAUCCUUUCUCAGGAGUAACACCACUUGGUGAUUGGGGUGCACUACGUUUACGUUUAAGAUAUCGUCACGACCUAGCCAUGCCUCCUGAAGAGUAUAGCCCUCUACAACAAUUACUUCUAGAUCCAGAAUUACACGUAGUAAAAGCUCUCGCUGAUGUAUGCCAUCUCGAUAGAAUUCCUUUAGCAAACAGUUUGCUGAGAAUAUUCAGGCAUGAAAAUAAGGAGGCAGAUCUUCUUCGAUCACUAAAUCAAGCUGAAGUUGAUAAAGAAGACGAAACCCCAACAUUGUUCAGAGCAGCUAGUCUUACAACGACGCUCAUGGAUUUAUACAUGAAGUCAGUAUGUACCUCGUUCUUAAAAUCGGCAUUGCAGGAUACUAUAAAUAAAAUAAUUGAAAGUAAACAAAGCUGUGAAUUAAACCCCUCUAAAAUGGAUUCCCCGGAAGAUGCUUGCAGUAAUGCUGAAUACCUACUUCAAAUUUUGGACGAAGUAACAUUAAGUAUUUUUACAAGUCCUGAAAUGUGCCCGAAAAGCUUACGUUAUAUUUGUGGCUGCUUACAAAGAGCAGUACUAUUGAAAUGGCCUCAUGAAAGAUUUGUAAGAACGAGAGUUGUAAGUGGAUUUAUUUUUUUGCGCUUGCUUUGUCCUGCGAUAUUGAAUCCUAAAUCGUUCAAUUUAAUAGCAGAAUCACCGUCUCUAGCAGCAACACGAUCACUCGUGAUGGUUGCUAAAUGUUUACAAAAUUUAGCAAAUCUAGUAGAAUUUGGAGGAAAAGAACCAUACAUGGAAGUCGUCAAUCCUUUUAUUUUAAAAAAUAAAGAACGAAUGGUUGUAUUCUUGGAUCAAUUGUCGAAUAUUUCCGAAAAAUCCGAUUCAGAUAUAAGUUCGAAAAAUAAGGUUGCAUUAGACAUUGCUAAAGAUCUUGCUACGUUACAUCAAAUUUGUGUUUCACACUUAAAGGAAUUACAAAUUUUAUCGAAACAACAGGCUACAAUUAAACAACUAGUGACGGUAACUGAAAUGCUGAGCAAACACAAACAGAAAUAUAAAGAAAUGUUGCGGUAAUAUCAAUAAAGUUAUUAAAAUUACGUAAAUAUGAGUGAAGUUCUUCAAAUAUACGAACAAAUUAUUUCUACAAUAGUAAUAGACUGAUGUGCCAUAUACUUACGUACGCUAUACUUUUGUACUGUUCUAUAAAUGAUGUUUUAUUGUAAAAAAUAAAAAAUAAA